AGAAUAGCAAACACCUAAAAGUGAGACAAAUUUGGUUUCACAUUUCGACUUCAUUUUGUUAGUUUAUUUGAAAAGUAAGAUUCAUAAAAUAGUGCAAACGUAAAAUUAACAAUUGCUUCACAUCAUAGAUAUGAAUGCAAGCUAAUAAACUAAAUAAUAUUGAAAUUGUAAGUGAAAUUAAUAUUUGGGCGUUUAAAUUGUUAUUGGGCAUUUUACAGAAAACAAUCCCAACAAAAAUCAGUCGUGAAGUGAAUACGGGAGAAACAACAAGUUAGGAUGUUUGAACGAGGCAAUCGUUCAUUUUUUUUGUGUUUUCUUCUUUUUACAAAUGUCUCAGUUUGAUAGUUAAAUACAGCGAAGAGAGUUGAAAAGGGUGUUGCCCGUAUAUUAUUUAAAAUCACACCUUAUCAUUGUGAAUCAAAAGAGUAAAUAAAUGAAAAAAAAUGUGUGAAAAGAUGUAAAUUGUAAAAUAUUUGAAGAGUGCCAAAAAGAGUAAUUAAAAGUAUAUUUUGGGAGAUAUAAAUAUACAUUCGAAGUGAGAAUUAAAGCGAUUUCAAAAUUGCGUGAAGAAAGGAUAAGAGCUUUUAGUGUAGAUAAUUGAGUAAAAUAUUGAACAAUGUUUAAGUGCAUGCCAAUCUUCAAAGGAUGCAAUCGUCAAGUGGAAUUUGUGGAUAAGCGACAUUGCUCGCUUCCAAAUGUACCCGAGGAUAUCUUACGCUACUCGAGAAGUCUCGAAGAGCUACUAUUGGAUGCAAAUCACAUAAGAGAUUUGCCAAAGAGUUUUUUUCGACUUCAUCGACUUCGAAAGCUCGGCCUGAGCGACAACGAGAUUCACAAGCUUCCGUCCGACAUUCAGAACUUUGAGAAUCUUGUAGAGUUAGAUGUGUCACGAAAUGAUAUUCCCGACAUUCCAGAUGAUAUUCGUCACUUACAUUUGCUACAAAUCGCUGAUUUCAGCAGCAAUCCGAUUCCAAAACUACCGGCUGGGUUUUCACAAUUGAGAAGUUUGACAAUACUUGGCCUAACGUCAUUGGAAUCACUAGAGUUGCGAGAAAAUUUACUAAAGAACUUACCGGAAUCAAUCAGUAAAUUAUCAAAGCUUGAACGAUUGGAUUUAGGUGACAAUGAAAUUGAAGAGCUACCACCACAUCUAGGUAACUUACCAUCACUUCAAGAGCUUUGGUUAGAUCACAACCAACUGCAACGCUUACCACCAGAGAUCGGAAAUCUUCGAAGUCUUGUGUGUCUUGAUGUAUCUGAGAAUCGUCUUGAGGAAAUUCCGGAAGAAAUUAGUGGACUCGAUAACCUUACAGAUUUACAUUUGUCGCAAAACCUUUUGGAAUAUCUUCCUAACGGAAUACAAAAAUUAAUAAAGCUAACAAUAUUAAAGUUGGAUCAAAAUCGAUUACAAGCACUUAAUCAUAGCAUUGGAAUGUGUGAGAACAUGCAAGAGCUUAUCCUUACCGAAAAUUUUCUAAGCGAAUUGCCAAACACCAUUGGUAAUAUGAGAAGGCUAAACAACUUAAAUGUUGAUCGAAAUGCACUUGUCGCUUUACCAUCUGACAUUGGAAGUUUAACUAACUUAGGUGUGUUAAGUUUGCGCGAUAACAAACUUUUAAAGCUGCCAUCAGAACUCGGCAGUUGCGUUUCGCUUCAUGUGUUGGAUGUGUCUGGAAAUCGGCUUCAGAAUUUACCAUAUUCAUUAGUGAACUUACAGUUAAAAGCUGUUUGGUUAUCAGAAAAUCAAGCUCAACCCCUUUUAACAUUUCAACCCGACACCGACGAAGUAACGGGCGAACAAGUUCUCACUUGUUUUUUGUUACCCCAACAAGAAAUGCAGCCCGUCAGUUCUGACAAUCGUGAAGAUUCUGAAAAUGAAGACUGGGAAGUACGUGAAAAUUCAAGAACAAGUACAGUUAAGUUCAGCGAAGAUUCCAAUGCAGAUAAAGAGACGCCAUUUGUAAGGCAAAACACUCCACAUCCAAAAGAAUUGAAAGCAAAAGCACAUAAGCUUUUCUCAAAAGACAAGAAAGAAGAUGAGAAUAAUCUGAAUCCGCUGUCAGAAGAGUCACAACGCACAGAAAUUUCAAUUGAACAGCAACCAAAUCACAUGCCACAUUCCCAUGACAAUGCAACUGUUGUCUUAUCUGAACAUCAACAACCACCACAUGUCACAUCGCCAAGCGAAGGAAAUGAUGGAAAUGAGAAACGUGUUGGAUUUUAUGAACAUGAACAAUUCCAACAGCAGCAGCAACAGGAUUACUCCGAUGGUGACGCUGAAAAUGAUAAACGUCCAGUUUCAAAACUUCAUCGACGUGAUACACCUCAUCAUCUUAAGAACAAACGCGUGCAGCAACAUCUAAAUGAUAAAACUGCUAAUGUCAUUCUUAAUAAGCUGAAAGAAAUUCCACCUCAACCUGUUAUUAACGAAGUAUCCCCGCAUAUUGAAAUUAAUCCAAUGCCUCUCAUUCAAGAUGUUGGUUUGCCAAUUGUUGAUCACUAUCCUCAAAAUGGAAUCGACUUGUCAGCUCAUUGUUUCGAUUCAACUGAUGCUCUUACGGCUUUGAAAGAAGAACGGUUAGAAAUUCAUAUCGAGAGGACAUCGGCUGGUCUUGGAUUGAGUAUAGCAGGAGGUCGAGGAUCAACACCAUUUAAAGGCGAUGAUGAGGGAAUUUUUAUUUCUCGUGUCACUGAGGGUGGUCCGGCAGAUUUAGCCGGCUUGCGUAUUGGUGAUAAAGUUUUAAGAGUGAACGGAGUCUCGGUGGAAGAUGCUGACCAUUACGAUGCUGUUGAAGUAUUAAAAGCAUGCGGAGCCGUCCUUGUUUUGCUUGUAUCGAGGGAAGUUACUCGUCUUGUUGGUCAUCCAGUAUUCCUUGAGAAUGGUGAACUUGCAAAAAUUGCCAUCGACGAGCAAUAUCACGAGAAAGAAAAUGAUCGAGAAAAUUUAAAAAUGAUUCCAGCACCAAUUCAAAUUCCGCCACCACAAACAUCCCUACAUUCCGAGCCAUUAGUUCAUCAACACGUGUCAACACAUUUUCUUCAAGGCGGUCAAGAUGUUGCACAUAAAGUUACUUUGCAUACGACACUGAUUCGCGAUCAGAUUGGACAAGGUUUAGGUUUCAGUAUUGCUGGUGGUAAAGGUCAUACACCAUUUGUUGAUGGAUCCGAUGGCAUUUUUAUCUCACGUCUUACCGAAGGUGGCAUUGCGCAGCGAGAUGGAAAAAUUCAGAUUGGUGAUAAAAUUGUUGCGAUUAAUGGUGCUGACAUGCGCGCUGCAAAUCAUGAUCAUGCUGUUCAAUUAUUAACUGACAGUCAACGUUUUGUACGACUCGUCGUUGAGCGUGAAGUCAAAGGACCAUUAGAACCGCCACAAAGUCCACGAAGUCCAUUACUUAAAAGUCUUAGUCCAACUGGCUACAUGGCUAAUCGACCUGCUUACAUGGGUUACCGGAGAUCAAUUGAUGGUCAUAUUGAAAGUGUCAGUGGAAUGAAUAGAAGUCAGUCAAAUGAGGCACAAAGUAGCGAUAUAGGCGUAAAUAAUCAUACAUUGACGUCAUCGGCAAAUAUAAGUACAAAAAACACUUUAACAUCACAAGAAAAUAAAACACCAUCGAAGCCCACGCCAUCGCUUCUGACAAAGAUGAACGAGAAUUUCAUCCGUAAUGAACAACAACAGCAGCAGCAGCAUCAACAACAACAACACCAAGCGCAAGUUCAACCACCACAACCAGCACCAAGAACACGAUUGUCAUCUCAGAAUUCUGUUCCAAUGACAAAUGGCGAUAGUAGUGGAACGAAAGCAGAUGACACAGCACAGACUCUGCGUCCAAUGACGAGUGAAGACUUCCAAGCGAUGAUACCUUCACAUUUCCUGAGUGGAGGCAAAAAUUACGAAGUAGAAAAAAUAUCACCCGUUAUCGACCAUGGAACGUCAGCUGUGACGGUGACUGUGAAAAAAGGAGAGCCAGACAUGCCCAUGCUACCGCCAGCUCCCACGGAGUUGGGAUUGGUCACCGAAACAAUAACAAAAUCAACAUUUACGGAAACUGUCAUGACACGAGUCACCGACAAUCGAUUAGGGGAACCAUUAAUUAGUGAGGAAGUUAUUCUGCCGAAAAACCAGGGACCAUUAGGAUUUAGUAUAAUUGGUGGAACUGAUCAUUCAUGUACACCGUUUGGCGCUCAUGAGCCUGGCAUUUUUAUUUCACAUAUUGUACCGGAAGGAAUCGCUGCAAAAUGUGGCAAGCUGCGAAUGGGUGAUCGAAUUCUGAAAGUUAAUGGAUCUAACGUCACUUCAGCGACACAUCAAGAAGCUGUUAUGGAAUUAUUGCGGCCAUGUGAUGAUAUUGUGUUGACAAUUCAACAUGAUCCAUUACCAGUGGGAUUCCAGGAAGUGACGAUUGUUAAAACCGAAGGCGAACGUCUCGGUAUGCAUAUCAAAGGGGGACUAAAAGGACAACGUGGUAAUCCAUUGGACCCUAAUGAUGAAGGAGUUUUCAUAUCAAAAAUAAACAGUAGCGGAGCAGUUCGACGUGAUGGUCGUUUGCGUGUCGGAAUGAGAAUUUUAGAAGUCAAUGGACAAUCCUUGCUGGGUGCGACACACCAAGAAGCUGUUGAAAGUUUACGAUUAAGUGCCAACCGACUAAACAUGGUUGUGUGUAAAGGCUACGAAAAAUCAGAUUUGAUUCAUGGAAUGAUUUCAAGUGGAAGCCGUUUAGGUUCGCGUGCAUCUGAGACCGGAUCAGAGUUGAGUCAAAGUGUUUCCAGUUUGGAUCGUGAUGAUUUUGAAAACUCGACCGUCAUUCAAAAUGCUCAUGCUGAAGCCAUGCUUAACAAAUCUGAUAUAGAAGUGUUCGAGGAGAAAGAACCCGUUGCUGAUAAUAAUACUUCAGAAGAAAUAACUCGAUUGGCAAAUGAAGUAGCGCUUUUUAGUCAAACAGAAAAUGCAUUGGUGACUGCUAAGGAGAAAAGCACACCAGAGAAGGUUCUUGACAUUGUCAGAGCAGCAGAGUCGUUGGCAUUGGGUGAGGUCGCUCCUCCAAAGUCACCUGUGGAACAUCAUGAGACACUUCAAAAGACUACAACCAUUGUAAUGUCAAAGCACACAUUGGAUCAACAACCCCAACAGUCAGUACGCAUGACCCCAUCGCCUCCAUCCCAGUCGCCAACACCGCCAGUAUCGGCUUGCACACCUAAAACAGUCUCCGAUAAAAAACGAUUCUUCGAACACGUCAUGGAAGAUCAACAAAAGCCUACACCCAAAUCAGAGAAAUCAUUUUCGUUUCUUUCUGCCGAUGAGAUUGAAAAAUUAAAACAGGAAAAUGAGAAGAAAAUUGGAACAAUUACACGAGAAAAUAAAAAAAAAUUGUCAGCAAUGAUGAAAACAACUACAAGCGACAAUAUAAAUAAUAACGAUCAAUUCGAUAGUGAUGAGUUUUAUCACAAUGAGAAUUAUAUUAUGAGUCAUCAAGCUGACGAAGAAGAAGAUGAAACUAACGGAAGGUCGACUUCACCAUCAAAACCUCAAAUUCCCAUAAGCCGAAUUCCAGUAAGGACAGCAAAUGCUGAGAAGCGUGCUCGUGAAUUGGGACUGAUUCAAGAUGUAGAUGAAUCAAAAUUAAGCUCAUCGGAAUUGAGAGCCUUGAGGGCGGAAAAGCGAGCUGCCUGGCGUCAAGCUCGUCUGAAAUCGCUUGAACAAGACGCAUUGCAAGCUCAGAUUAUGAUACAGAGUCUAAACACUGACAGUGAUGAUGUAUUGGAUCCAAAGCAAAGAAGAAUUAAAGACACUUUAGAUGGCGUUAAAGAAGAAGAGGUUGAAACGUGCCAGGAAAAGAUAAUUUCCUUGGAGUUGGAAGAUCCGAAAUCACUUGAAUCACCUACAACACCAACAACGGAAGAAUUAAUUCAAGCUCAAGUUCAACAGCGUUUUCAAAGAUCACCAGAAGAUAGCGAUGAUAAUCAAUCGUCAUUGAUUACUGUUCGUGCUAACGACACAGAAAACAUAGUCAUGUUAAGUCCAACAGAUCCGAAUGACUACAUUGAUGCUAAUGCUUUCGAAAAAAGAUCACAAUGUCGUCCUUUGUUAAACCUUCAAACAAUUGUGGAAGUCGUUAAUCCAAUGCUUGCUGGUGAUGGAACAGCAACUGAAAUUGCUAUUGGAAGAAAAAUUGAUGAUGCAAGUCUACCAUCGUUUGAGGUUGAGGUGGAUGUUGAUGGUGUCGUCUAUAGAAAAAAUGAGCUAUCGCUCAAUGACAAAAUGAAAAAUGUUCUCAAAGAACUGAAAGAAAACGAAAAAGUUCGACUAAGUCUUUCGCGCAGCAUGGAUGAAGAUGAAAACAAUGGCGACGUUGUGGAGUCUGAACAAGAUACAAACGUUUCUUACGAAGAGAAAACUGGAUCAAUUGGAACUGUUUUUAUGGUACGAGAACGUUUGAUAAAUGAUUUUUAUGACCAUCAAGAGGCUGCUGCACCAGAGAACUAUGAAAAAGUUCAUCAUAGUUCACAGGCCACUGUCUACGCUAACCCAAGUGUCGUUGAUGAAUUUCUAGCGAAUGAAAUUCACCACACACAAGAAACAUCUGAAAAUGAUUCAAUAACAUCACAUAAAGAAACAAUGGCGCUUCACCCUAAUCAAACAGGAUUUGUUGAUGAACAGGAAAACGAUGAUGGUGAUGAUGAUGAGGAAUCCAUUUCAACACCAACAACACCCACGAACUCAUCAAGUACUUGUAUUAACGGCAAGAAAAAACGGAAGCGAAAUAGAAAUAAAAAAAAAUAAAAAGCGAGCAUUGAAGAUCAUUAAUUAAAGUCACAUAUUGAAAGAACAUUAACAUACAUAAGCAUAAUGGAUAUUUUUCUUUUGUAUACCAACAAAAUACAAAAAUACUGUAUGACUUACUCACCUCACGUAACUCAUUUCGUUACGUGCAUCGCCUUAACAGGAAAAAUCCAAUUUUAGUUCACAUCGUAUUUUCCCAUUAAAAUUAAUUAAAAUAUUACAAUUUAAUACCAUGGUUGGUAAUAAAAAUUUGUUGAAUGGAUCGCAUUCUUGUUGCUUUCUUCUUCGUUUCUAUCCUUUUUAAAUAGUUCUUGUUGGUUUUUUUUUAUUUGCAACAUUGAAAAUAAUUUGACAUUUGAAAUUUUAAGAUUCUUAUAUAUCAAUUACUACCAAUGAAUUGUCCUCUAAAGUGUUACAAAUGGAAAUUAAAUUAAAUUCAUUAUUGAAAUUUUAUAUUAAUGGGCGCGCUUUGGAAUUGAGCAAAUCAAAAGUCAAGCAUAUCUGUCGAAGAAUUCAUGAUUUUAGUAGUAAAGGAAGCUAAUAAUUAAGGAAGUUUAAAUUUUUUAUUCAUAAUUCAUCGUGAAGGUCAUUGUAAUAAGAAUGACUCUUGACCUUUAUAUGCCAAUCUCAUUUACUUUCAUUCAUAAAUAUGAA